GGUAGACCCUGUGAGGCGGUCCCGAUCAGCUUUCUAAAAAAAGACGGUGCUCCUUAGUUAAUUUUGUUGUAUUAUUUGUGAAUCUAUCGGGGGUAUUAACUUCUGUAUAAAACUAUGGCUUCUUCGGACGUUGCUCGGCAGCCGGAUAAAGGUGUCCGACCCCUGUCCUUGGCAGGCCAUGUGGGCUUUGAUAGCCUUCCAGACCAGCUUGUCAACAAGUCCAUCUGCCAGGGCUUCUGCUUCAAUAUUCUCUGCAUAGGUGAGACCGGUAUUGGCAAGUCUACUCUAAUGGACACUCUAUUCAAUACCAACUUUGAGAACUUUGAGUCGUCCCACUUUGAGCCUCAGGUGAAGCUACGGGCUCAGACCUAUGACCUGCAGGAGAGUAAUGUCAGACUACGCCUCACCGUGGUCAACACUGUGGGCUUUGGAGACCAAAUGAACAAACAAGAGAGCUAUCAGCCGGUGGUGGACUACAUUGACAGGCAGUUUGAGAGCUAUCUGCAGGAGGAGCUAAAAAUCAAGCGCUCUCUUCACAACUACCAUGACUCGCGAGUCCAUGCCUGCCUUUACUUCAUCUCCCCCUCGGGUCAUUCACUCAAAUCCCUGGACCUGGUCACCAUGAAGAAACUAGACAGCAAGGUGAACAUCAUCCCAGUGAUCGCCAAAGCUGACACCAUCAGUAAGAGUGAGCUGCACAAGUUCAAGAUCAAAAUCAUGAGUGAGCUGGUUAGCAACGGCGUCCAGAUCUACCAGUUCCCCCUGGAUGAUGAGACCGUGGCUAAAGUCAACACUACUAUGAACGGUCAUUUGCCGUUUGCUGUGGUAGGCAGCACAGAGGAAGUCUGCGUUGGCAAUAAGAUGGUGAAGGCUCGUCAGUACCCCUGGGGUGUUGUACAAGUGGAGAACGAGAAUCACUGCGACUUUGUGAAGCUGAGGGAGAUGCUGAUCUGUGUGAACAUGGAGGACCUGAGAGAGCAGACGCACACUCGCCACUAUGAGCUGUACAGACGCUGCAAACUGGAGGAGAUGGGAUUCAAAGACACAGACCCAGAGUGCAAACCUGUCAGUUUGCAGCAGACUUAUGAGGCCAAGCGUCAGGAGUUCCUGGUGGAGCUGCAGAAGAGAGAGGACGAAAUGAGGCAGAUGUUUGUGCAGAGGGUGAAGGAGAAGGAAGCUGAGCUGAAGGAGGCAGAGAGAGAGCUGCAGAGCCGCUUCGAGCAGCUGAAGCGCCUCCAUGCAGACGAGAAAGCAACUUUAGAGGAGAAGAAGAGACUCCUGGAGGAGGACCAGAGCUCCUUCAGUAAGAGACGAGCGGCUGCUCAGCUCCUCCAGGCCCAGAGUCUCACUGCCAACGGCAAGAAGGACAAGGACCGCAAGAAUUCUGGCUUUAUGUGAAGACUCUGAAGCACACUCCACUAUGACCAGUAUAACCAGUGGCAUUUUUGCCAACAUCCUUUCCAGCCCUUUGUGGCCAGUAACACUAACCAGGAAAACACCACACAAACCAGCAGCGUGUACAAGUGUGAGUUUGAUUUUUUUUUUUUUUUUGGUGCCAAAGUUUAAUGACUGUACCCAAGAAUCCCUUGUACACUUUCUUCAAUGGUAUUUUUAAUCUUCUUUGUGAGUUUUAUACUCCUUUAAGUAAUAUUUUAUAUUUAUCCUUUCAUUUUUAUAUAAAACAUUUAUUUUCCACUUGCCUCCCUUUUACCCAAACUGAGGGAGACCUCAGUGGAUUGAUCCUCACGCAGCCUUCUCACUAGAUGCUGUACACAGAUCAAAAGACACAAAUAGGUACAAAUAAUACAGAGUAAGGGACUACAUCCUUUUAUGUGUCUGACAUAUCUUUAGCUUUCAUCACUGAGGACUCUUCAUGUUUUGUAAUGCACCAAACUUGUCAUUGAGACUGUCUGUAAUCUGUAACAUGCUUGUAAUUUAUUCCAGAGCCCCUUUCAGACAUGCACUUCAUGAGGUGACUUUGCCAACAAUUUUACGUUGAUCUCAAAAUCUACAAAUCCCCAAGUCGUUUUCAAAAAAAAGUUGCAGCAGCAAUCUGUCAGUGUGGAACCUAGUAAAAUUUCAUGUCCAACGCUGCCUACGUUUUUUUUUUAAUCCAGAAUAAAAGUCCAUGGUGCAUUCACCAUUAAGAAGUGUCAUGAGCAUGGUCACAGGGCAUUAUAAUUCCUUAUCAUCUUCACUAUAAGUUUUUUUUUUCUCGCAUCUCCUUGAUGCUAAAAGCCGAGCACACCAGCAUCAGCACCACCGAUUCUUCUGUUGCUGUUCCAAAGGAAAAGAUUUACUCCAGAAAGUUGAACUUCUCCCGUCUAAUGACAGGUUUCUGGGAGGGAGAGGCCGAGGCUUGGAUUUGAAUUAGGUACAUGUUGCAGGGAAAAAAAAAUUAUAUAUAUAUAUAUAUAUAUAUAUAUAUAUAUAUAUAUAUAUAUAUUUAGUCUUUUAUUUGCUCCCCUAUUUUUCCUGCUGACACAAACAAUAAAUGUCUGAAAAGAGCUGACUUAUGUGGGGAAAAAAAAGGCAUCACGUCAAGUCGGUGUUUGCUGAGGAAGCAAAAGAAGAAGGGGAGGAUGCGCUUGUGACUACAUUUUAAGCAUUUUUUUUUGUUGUUUUUAAAUUCACUUCCCCCUGGAAUCAUGAUAAGACCAGGUCUCUCACCUCGUAGCCUUUUACAGCACAGAGUAACCGACCUAAAGCAACAUUUACUCACAAACACUGACACUUUAUACUCACACUAGUGCUUAAGAUGUGUUAGUGCCUUACCUGUGUGACGUUUACAUAGAAAUACACUAUCUGCUUUGACAUCCAGGGAAACACACCAAGGCCUAAUGGAGUAAAGCUUGUCUGAGACACAUUUGUACUACACUUGUAUUUAUGGAAUAAACAGUGUUAUUUGGGAGCUUUUUUUUUUCCAUCUUUCUAAAUAAAUCUUUGUAUUUUUGUCACGA